CCAAUCCCACUCCCUGUUCUUUCCACAAAGUUGAUUCAUUUAUUCAGUUUUAAAGAGAAAGUUCGAGUCUUUUUAGCUUUUUAAUUGCAUCAACUUGAAGCAAGCAAUGGAGGCAAUGAAAAUGAACUUUCUUGUGGUGUUGAUGGGAGCUCUGAUGAUGGUGGCGGCCUUCUCUUCAGUGAAAGCUGCCGAUACUCCUGCCCCAAGUCCAACUUCUGAUGCAGCUGUCUUUAUGCCAAGUUUCAUCGCCUCUUUGAUGGCGUUGGCAUUUGGGUUCUUCUUUUAAGCCAUUUUGAGCAAGCUUUUCUUUCUUCAAGGGGGGGAACCAUGUAGACUGUCCAUUGUUUAUGAUGUUAUUUUGGGGGUGGUUUGUCUCAUUUGUUUCUUCUCAUUUCUCUUUUGUGCUAUUGGGUGGUUGUUGUUGAUGAAUGAGUGCACAAGAGACUGAGAGAGACACGGAGGAACUUGGGUUGAGAUUUUCAAUUUUCUUUUCACUAUUUAUUUCUUUUGAGAGAAUUAGUUUUAAUGGGUGUGAAUGAUUGUAUUAUAUAUGACUUGAUAUAUGAAUGUAUGUAUCAAAUUUGUGUUGUUUAGGCUAAUAAGAUGAGAUUAGAGGUGGAUUUGAUGAUUUUAA